UGGGAAGGGACUAAGCACCACAACAACCUUUGUGAUUUGACAUGUGUGUCAUGCCAUGCUCCAAACAAACCCACUUUAUCAUAAAAUCAUAAUCAUAAAUAAAUUAAUAAAUACUAUGUAUAUGGAUAUGCAUGCCAAAUUCUCAUUACUCUGUUUCUCUGUUUUCUAGUUCCAAAUAGAGUGUUUUUUCUUUAAUUCACAAGAAAUUGACUUGAAGUGAAGUGCAGACCAUGUUCACAAAGUUUGGAAAGUAAAAGUUAUUGAGAUUUUGUUGUCCUAACAACAAAAAAGGCUAUUGGAAAAAGUUGGUAGUUCAGAAAUUCAUUUAGUACUGCUUGAGUGUAUUCAAAGGAUCGGUUGUUUUUCGAUGCAAACAUCUCAAGAACAUGAACUUCCCUAUGGCUCUGGCAGGUUCUACAUCGAGCCUGCCGAAAACCAGGAGUCAUAUUGCUUUCCAUCAAGUGAGAACCUAGAAAACUACUCUUCCUCUGAUAACAGCAACCAUGCAACCUACCCAUUGGUCAAGAUUUCGGAUCCAUAUUGCACCCUUGAAUCUGCUUCAACAAGUAAUAUCCCAGGCCAAAAUUCUGCAUCUACAGCCAAUUUUUCGCCUAAUGGUAGCCCGGUGUCAAAGCUAGAACCGAAAUCACAUGUCUUGAGGCCACAACAUUCUCUCGAAACUACUAAUGGCUCGCCGGAGAUAAAUUCUUGCUUGACACAUGACUUUGAUGAUCUGAGGGAUAAGAUAAGAGAGCUGGAAACUGCUAUGCUGGGACCUGAUACAAAUACACUAAAUAUGUAUGAUAUUGUGGUUCCAGAACCAGAAGAACCUGAUUCCUUUUUGGUGGCUGCAGAGAAGUGGAAGAAAACAAUGGAGAUCAUAUCCAGAGGUGAUUUAAAGGAGAUGCUUUAUACUUGUGCAAAAUCAAUGGCAGAGAACGAUAUGGAGACUACUGAUUGGCUGAUAUCAGAGUUGCGAAAAAUGGUUUCGAUUUCAGGGGAUCCUCUGCAACGAUUAGGAGCAUACAUGUUGGAGUCUCUUAUUGCAAGGAUGGCUUGCACAGGAAGCAAAAUCUACAAGGCCUUAAAAUGCAGCGAGCCAACCGGCAACGAACUCCUUUCCUACAUGCAUGUACUCUAUGAAAUAUGUCCAUACUUCAAGUUUGGGUAUAUGUCGGCGAAUGGAGCAAUUGCCGAAGCUAUGAAGGAGGAAAGUCAUGUUCACAUAAUUGAUUUUCAGAUUAGCCAGGGAACUCAGUGGGUAAGCCUAAUACAGGCUCUUGCUUGCCGGCCGGGAGGGCCUCCUAGUAUCAGAAUAACAGCUGUUGAUGACUCCUUUUCGGCUUAUGCCCGGGGAGGGGGACUUGACAUUGUAGGGAAAAGGCUAUCAGCACUUGCACAGUCAUGUAAUGUACCUUUUGAGUUCCAUGCUGUCAGAGUUCCUGCUUCUGAGGUGCAACUAGAAGAUCUUGAACUUCGAACUAAUGAAGCUGUGGCAGUGAAUUUUGCCAUUAUGCUGCACCAUGUUCCGGAUGAAAGUGUUACCAGUCUAAAUCCUCGCGACCGGUUGUUGAGAUUGGCAAAGAACUUGUCUCCCAAGGUAGUGACUCUAGUUGAGCAAGAGUUUAGUACUAAUAAUGCUCAAUUCUUGCCGCGUUUCAUGGUGACAUUGAACUACUACUUGGCUGUUUUCGAAUCGAUUGAUGCUGUCCUGCCAAGGGAACACAAGGAGAGGAUCAAUGUUGAGCAGCACUGCUUGGCUAGAGAAGUUGUCAACUUAGUAGCCUGCGAAGGGGAAGAAAGAGUCGAACGGCACGAGCUUCUGAACAAGUGGAGACGGCGUUUUGCCGCUGCCGGAUUCGCGCCUUAUCCGCUGAGCUCCUUUGUUAAUGCUUCAAUCAAGACCCUUUUAGAAAGCUACCCUGGACAUUACACUCUAGAAGAGAGAGAUGGCACACUUUAUCUUGGUUGGAUGAAUCAGGUUCUUAUUGUCUCUUGUGCUUGGAGAUGAAAACUCUUAACAGCAUUUGGUACACUUUUUUCAUUGCAGACUUAUAACUAGGUUUAUGUUUUCUAAUUUCAUAGUGAAGUUACUGUUUUGUUAAAUGGCAUCCUAGAUUUUAUGUUAGCAAUACAAGUAACAGCAAGGACUAUUAUGCUAACAAAUUAUAAAGAGAACAGUUACUGCUUGUACCUACAAAGACAUUUCAUCACACAAUUCACAACUGCAUCUCUAGCAAAUAUCCUGAAACUACAGCCCUUCUGACAUUCUUUACUCUUAUGCUUUGUUUGAUCCAUUUUUCUGAAAGUUGAGAUAUUUUGGUGAAUGCUUAAUACCAUACUAAACUCAUUAGUGAUAUGGUAAGAGACAUGGAUUAUUUUCCUAUAUAAGGUGUGUUUGGUACAAUUGUUUUCAUGAAAUGUUAACAUUUAUCUUUACUCUGGUAUUAAGCACACCCUUUUAAAAAUGGAUGACAAUGUUUUGAUGGAUAUGGCUAGUGGCUAGCAUUUUCCUUCUGACCAACCUCUUAAUGACCUAGAGUACCAUCAACUCUUAUAUUUUCAACACUUUAUAUCUUGAUGGUAUGACUUGAAGUCACAAUCUCUUGCUCCGAACCAUACAUUCUUUAUCACUGUCAACAUUUAUUUGUUUAACUAUCAACAUUUGUUGAUGUGGCAAACCGUGUAUAUAUCAAUAGAAGAUAUUUCUCUUUUAUAACAAGAGCACAUGUGAACUUUUGGAAUUAGAUAUGGAUACCUUUUACAGCUGGAAUUCAAACAAAGAUUCACUACAUAGGAAAUAUGAAUCACUUCUAUGAGAUCCAGCUCCUGUUGUUCAUGAUUAUAGAAUGUUUAUCUUGGACUGAAUUGUACCAAAGAAGAGAUGGAAAGAGGCAUAUAACUGAGGUAAUAUAAUUAUCCUGGUUAUCAAAAAAGAAGAAUUGCAAGACUUCAAAUCGAAAUUACGGUUUUACAAUUCAACCCUAUCUUAC